AUGUCUGCAAAACCGUCGGCGUCCCACCACGAAAACGCCCUCCCAGCGGGGGCAACAAUCACCUCGUCAGCCUUGGAUGACGCCGAGAAAGGCAUCUACGACAGCACGCCCGGCCUGCCGGUGCUCUCGUCGCCGGCCUCCGCUCACGUCGACGAGAAGAAGGAGCUCGCCUUAAUAAGCCCGACCAGCGAUGCCACUGCAGCCUCGCCACGUCCGGCCCAACCAGCGGCUAAGAAGCCGACAAAACGGAAGGUCAGCAAAUGGGUACUCUUCCGACUCUGGUUCAACACGUAUCGCAAGUUCUUCACCUUCGUGACCCUUCUCAACCUCACGGGCAUCAUACUCGCCGCGCUCGGCCACUUCCCCUACGCAGAAAACCACCUCGGCGCGCUCGUGCUCGGCAACCUCCUCUGCGCGGUGCUUUUCCGGAAUGAGCUGUUCAUGCGGUUCUUGUACACCAUUGCCAUUUAUGGGCUGCGAAGUUGGGCUCCGCUAUGGCUGAAGCUGGCCGUGACCUCCAUUCUCCAGCACGUCGGGGGUAUCCACUCGGGUUGCGCGCUCUCUGGCGCCAGGCAAGUAAACGAAUUGCUUUGGCUGGUGUACAAAGUCGUCGACAUCAUCAUCUACCGCUCGACCCAGCACCCGGCUAUCAUCGCUACGGGCAUCAUUACCAACGUCGCGGUCAUAAUAUCAGUGCUGAGCGCGUUCCCAUGGGUGCGAAACAACUACCACAACACGUUCGAGAGACACCACCGAUUCAUCGGCUGGUUGGGCCUCGCGUCUACUUGGGUUUUCGUGAUCCUGGGUAACUCUUACGACUUCAAGUCCGGGGAAUGGCGGCCCGAGACCUACUCCCUGCUCAACGCGCAGGAGCUAUGGUUUGCCGUGUUUAUGACGAUAUUCAUCCUCAUCCCCUGGUUGACACUAAGGGAGGUCCCCGUUGAAGUCGAAAUCCCGUCGCCCAAAGUCGCCAUCCUCAAGUUUCAGCGGGGGAUGCAGCAGGGGCUGCUCGGGCGCAUCAGCCGCACCUCCCUGAUGGAGUACCACGCAUUUGGGAUUGUCAGCGAGGGCCGACAUUCCGGGUGCCACUAUCUCAUCUGUGGCGUGCAGGGGGACUUUACCAGGGAGCUGGUUGCCAACCCGCCCAAGACGGUGUGGACCCGCGAGCUCAAAUUCGCGGGCGUCGGCCACGCCUCGGCCAUGUUCAAGCGGGGCAUUCGAAUCUGCACGGGAACCGGUAUCGGGGCGGCGCUGUCCACCUGCAUCCAGAGCCCAAACUGGUUCCUGAUCUGGAUAGGCUCCGACCAGGAAAAGACAUUCGGGCCGACCAUCUCGGCCCUCAUCUACAACAACAUCCCGCCGGAGCGCAUGAUCCUGUGGGACUCCAAGAAGCGCGGCGGCCGCCCGGACACCGUCAAGCUGCUCAAGGAGGUCUGGUACAGUUUCGGCGCCGAGGUGAUCUUCAUCACCUCCAACAGGCAGGGCAACGACGAGAUGAUGCAGGGCUGCCUCGAAGCUGGUCUCCACAGCUUCGGGACCUUGUGGGAUUUCUAA